UCCGUGAUGACAAUGACUGCAAGCACACAAAAAAAAAAUGACCACGGCUGGUGGACCCCCAAUUAGUACCGCAGACAAGGCGAGCUCGCACUCGGGCAAUGGCAGGUUUCACAGCCAGGAUCAUGGGACCACGAACGGGUGCCAGCCACGAAGUCCGCCCGGAUCCGAACUUGAGAUCGGUUGCCGCAGAAGCAGAAUGGGACACAGAAACCGUGUGCCCCGAUGUCUUCGUCAUCCGUUCCCGCCAUCCCCGCCACUUGCGACACGUGGCACGACAUGAUGAUAAUGAUGAUGAUGGUGAUGACGACGAUGAUGUUGAUGUUGAUGCUGUUGAUGAUGUUCAUCAUGAUGACAAUGAUGGUGAUGAUUACGGUGGUGAUGUUGAUCUGGACGACGAUGUCGCUGAUGAUGAUGACGAUGUUGAUGACGAUGAUGAUGUUGAUGAUGAUGUUGCUGAUGAUGAUGAUGACGAUGAUGAUGACGACGAUGAUGACGAUGAUGAUGAUGAUGUUGAUGAUGACGAUGAUGAUGAUGAUGUUGAUGAUGACGAUGACGACGAAGGCGACGAUGGUGGUGAUUUUGAUGACGACGACGAUGCCGCUGAUGAUGAUGAUGAUGUUGAUGACGUUGACGAUGUUGAUGAUGAUGUUGUUGAUGAUGAUGAUGAUGAUGAUGAUGAUGAUGAUGAUGAUGAUGAUGAUGAUGACAAUGAUGAUGAUGAUAAUGAUGAUGAUGAUGAUGACGAUGAUGAUGGUGGUGAUGAUGAUGGUGAUGAUGAUGGCGAUGAUGAUGAUGAUGAUGAUGGCAGCAAGAAUCAUGGGGCCGCUCGCGAGGAAAGAACGAGCGGGAAUCAAAGGGGCAUACAGAAACCAUGUGGCCCAAUGUCACCGACAUCCGUUCCCGCCGUUCCCGCAACUUCAAACAGGUGGCGCGACGCGGCUGCUCCCAUGCGCCUGCAAACAUGCCUGACGCCCGACACGUGGGCAGGCAGAACAACACUUUACCUUGACGAGGGCACAGCGCACACGACGACGCAGCUCUUUGACGGGUCACAGUUCUUCGACGAGGCGCAGUUCUUCGACGACGACGAAGCGCACAUGAUGGCGCAAAACGUUCGACACGGGCUCAACGCAGACGACGGUGGCCACUUGCUGACGCAGGACGCAGAGACAAGAUGUCGAAGCGCACACAACUGGAGUCCAUUACCGGUCAGAAGGACGGGAAACAGUUGGCGACGAGAGGAAACCCAUACACCCUCGCCCGCAGCCGCGUGGCGCAACAGCGAAGCAGCAAAGGCGAUGGAGGAUGUCGCUGACGGGACGCCGCGCGCGAAUGCGCUCGUCAGGAUUGAUUCUGUGAUGCAGAAUCCGAAGAGUGGAGAUCAAGGUCAGCGACCUUUCAAUGCUGGUCCUGGCCAAGUUCAUGUUACUGUACAUUACAGUAACAUACAUGAUGGUAGAGGCCACUCGCCAGAGAGAGCUUGUGAAAAGAGGAUGUCUUCUUCAAAGGGCGAGGUGGAGCCAACGGGGACCUCCGGGAAGGCAUUAGGAAAAGAUUCCACGAGGCCGUCGUCUACUGCCACGAAAGGGUGGUCGAACCAUGCGAAGUCGAAAUGGUUCAUCGACUGCUGCUGUGGAGACGCUUCCAACCCCACUGCGCAGCCAUGUGGUCCUGUCAUCUUCGUCGAUGACGGCAGAAGGCGUCGAGUGCUUGGGGCCGUCUUGGGGUGGGAGGACGCGAAGGGGGGCCGCCGACAUUUCCGUAUGGAAAAGGUUUAUGGCUCCAAGGGCAACGUCGUUGCCAAUUCGAAAGGGGUGUUGUUGGACCUCGAAUUGUGUGAGGGGUUCGGAGCGGGUGCUGUGAACACCCCGUUCUACAGAGAACUCGUUCUCGGGGGUGGUUUUGUUUUGGCGCGUGAAUUUUUCGACAUGUUGGAGGACAAGGGCAUCGUUCUCGACAUCCCCUGCGACGUCAGCCCCUUCUUGGAGCUCUCGUUGCCGUUCAGGCUGUGCGGCAGUUGCGAGUCAAGCGGGGUGGCGGCGGAGGGCGGUGAGCUGGGUUCUGGUCCAGCUACUCAGCUGCACCGUGGUGAGAGCCGGGGACAGUUCGACGACAACGAGGACGAGGGGCCUGCAGCGCCGUUGAGGGACACGCAGCGGUCUCUGUUGUCUAUUCUAGGGGUCGACAUUGGCGAUCCGGUUCAACGGGAGAGUGCGAAACAUACAGGAAAGCUGGCAGCCUCUUCGGAGGUCGACUUGGAGGCGAGCGAGGGCCAGAGUGUGGAUGAGGUAACCGCGGGCGCCCUGGGCACGCAAGGCACUCCGCAAAAGAGGAGGGGGGAUCGCACAGACGAGUUCGUCGGUUCUACGAAGAAGUUGAAGAGCAAGGCCCCUAGGACUGCGGGAGAGAAACGCAAGCGGACCGAGGGGGAGCAGGGCCGGCAGGUUGCCAAACGACCGGCUUCGAAACAGAAACAGCCUGCGUCUGGAACAUCUUCUCCACCGACGGAAAGGCCUCCAAUCGACGUCGAUGCCGGGUACUUCCUCGAGUACAAAGACGACGUUCGGACAAAGAGGGAGUUCGAGGUUAGCCCUGCGCAGGUCGUCGACCUCGGAGAGUGGGAGGACCUGUACAACCAGCGGUCCUUGGAUCCCGUGCUCGUGGAAGGAAUCAAAGAAGCGAUGCGGUUGGCGUUCGAAAACAAAGCGCAGUUUUACGAUUUGCCUACCCUGAAGCUGGCACCGCUGAGGCUUGAUAAACCGACUCUGGGGACCAAGGCAGAACUGAGGUCGCUAAUCGGCAGCGAGGUGGCCAGGAAAUACAAUUUCGAGCGGUGGCUUGCACGAAUGCUCUACUUUUCGGACGACGACUUCGAAGGGUACUUCCUUGUCAGUUCCCAGGACAACAAGAAGGACCUGAAGGCGCCCCCGAGACAGCUGAAGCUGUCAAUGAAAGUCAUUAGGUGGCAGUGGAAGCGCGACGGGUGCCCGCGUGCAGUUAUGGGAAACCCCAGCGGAAAACAGGCUCAGGUCCGAAAGUGGCGUGAAUUCUGUGAAGUUGCGCUCAAUAUGACGCCGCACAACAACUUGUGGACGCUGGCAGAUCAGAAGGGCGACGACGCCAUCAGGAAGCAAGGCGCUGCCCUGCGUUCCUAUUUCCCGCUGGCGAUGGCAGGGGAGAACGUAUGGAAACUGGCCGUCAAGUUUUUCGAGAAAUGGGAAACCGGUAGAUUGCUCGGCCACGACGGUGCAAAGUGGAUCAUGCGGAAGAAGAAGGUCAAAAAUGUGAAGCCCGGGGUUGCCUACGUCGAGAACGAGAAGACGGGCAGGAAAGAGGUCGUGUACAAAGUCCCUGUUGACCCGCCGACAAAGAAAGGCAAAAAGGAGAAAGGGGAGGGCGACUGGUUCGUGCAAGUACCUGAGCCAGACGCACAUUGUUGGAAAGCGAUGGAGUCGCCGACCGACAACAAGAAGUGCCGCAUCCUGAAGAAGGUGCUCGCUUGCGAGGUGGUUUGGGUCCAGGCCGGCUCCGCGGCGUUGGCGAAGCUCGGGAAGCUGAGCGUCCAGGACAUGGUUCAUUUGGUGAAGUGCGACCGGGUGCUGGUGCGUCUAUGGAACUACUACCAGUUCAAGCACGAGAAGAGGCCGGACGCGGAUUGGAGCCAGAGGUGCCCGUUCCUGAAAACAAGGUCCGCAAUUUUCAAACAGUUUGAGAGUCGUGGUUUGGAUGUAGAGUUGUGGGACGGGAGCAAGAAAUACGUCGUUGACUCCUCGUUGUUCAAGGACUGCCCACCUUACAUGGGCUGCGACGACGACCAAUCGAUCGAGGUGACGGAGAAGUUGGCCGGUCACAAGAAGUUGUCCGUCGACUGGAGGAAUAAGGUCCUGUCCGUGUUGAAUGGCAGUAGACUGAAGAGUCGCGAGAUCGCUCUUGCCGAAGGAAUUGUGCACAUAAAAUGGAAAGACACGGGCGACGUGACAUUCAUCGCGCCAUUCGGCAACGACCCCUUGGAGGCAGACAUAAGGUGUGCGGAGGUGAAGGAGGCGGUGGUUGCCACAAAGAGUCACACGUUCGUCCUCGAUCUCUGCGAACCGGUGGACCUGAAGUUGUGGAAACCGCAAGCGUUCGACACUCUGGAUUCCCAGCUUCUGACGUGGUGUCCGUCGCAUUGGACGCUUGUCGUUUUCGUCCCGCAGCAGCAGAACCUCUCGUUUCUGGCCAGCAUGAGCCACCUUUCUUUCGUGAAGCUGCUGGAAGGGAAGUGGGUGAGGAGGAGUCAACAGAAGAAAAGCUUCUCCGUCGGGAAUAAUUUGUACACGAAAGAAGACCGGAUGUACAUACUCUUCAAAGACGACGAUUUGCGCGCUAACACGUCCGUCGUCUACGAGGGAAAACUGCCGGCUGCCGCCGCUGCUGCAGUGCGGCUGCCGCAGAAGGUUACGCAAACGGAUGUGUCCGACAUCCCGUUCAACCCUUGCGAUUGGUCGCAUAUCUCGCCUACGCGUCGGGGCAGUGUGUACGGGGACAUGGAACGCAACCCCACGCAAUUCAUUAAUCUUCUCGAGUCCGUCACCAAGAAGGGGGAGGGAGUAGUUUUUCUCGGGAAGCCACACCCGCGAUCUGUGUGGGAACUGCUUAAGGCAGGACGGCACAUCAUCGCAAUGGAAGGGAACUCCGAGCUCUUGCAAUUUACAAUUGAUCUCGUCAAAAGCGAGGUCAAUUCGGGUGCCCACAUUUGCGAGUUCAUGGUUGUCAACGAGUCUCGCCCUUGUGCGUGGAACAACAAGACGGACAUGUUGUUCAAGUUGAGUGCGAGGAAGCGGAACAAGAUAUACGACUUCUUAUUCCUGCAAACGCGGCCCAAGAGAGACACUGACGCCGAGUACGUGCGCCGCAAGGACCACAUGUUCACGCUGCUCGACAACUACCAUGGCGCCUCCCGCAUGAACGCAAAGACCUUCCUCGAGAGGUUGCAGUCCCUGUACUUCGUGGAGUCAGAGGAGGAGUUGACGUUCGGCAGUUACUCUUCCUUGAUCUCCACGGAAGACGAGGCAUCGAGUUCGACGCGACCGCGAACGAGGAGGGCAGCGACACUGAAAGCCUCGACCUGCAGUACGACCCGCAUCCCGGGCAGCACACAACAGGGUCGUCCUCGGCAAGUCCGUCAACAAGACCGAUGGUGAAACCGCCGCCUGGCACUACCCCGAU